AUGUUUAACCCAGCUCCUACAUAUAAAAAUGAAAAAGGUACUGAAGACAAGCUGAAGAAGAAGAAACAAAGAGAAAAAAAACAACUCUAAAGAAGAGCUUAAUUGGCUGAGUAUAUUUCUAGUGAUGAUGAUGCCCCCUAAAAUAAGCAACCAAUCCUUGAUCAAGAUGACUACGGUGCAUUAGGAGAUUUGGACUAAGACAUUUUGGGUUAUUUCUAAAUGAAAAGUCAAAAAAUACUUAAUAUGACACAAAAAAUACCUGAUUAAAUUUUUGAUGUAGGAUCUUUGCAUUUAGGAUGUGUCUCAUCCAUAGGUCCCAAUGGAGUUUAUUUGAUUAUCAAUUUUACAAGAAACAAAAAAGGAUUUGUUGAUUAACAUAAUCUCAGAGAUAGAAAGGGUGUGAAUGGAGGAGAUUACAAGGUUGGAGAAUAUGUUAUCACUAAAGUUAUAGAAGAGCAAAAGAACAAUAAGGUCUAAUUAAGUAUGCAUCCAAAUGUCAUCAAUGAUCAAUUAAGUGUAAAUUAACUAGUAGUUGGAAUGCAAAUACCAGGAAUAGCUUAGAGUUGGAAUGAGUUUGGAACCACUAUCAAUUUUGGAUCUCAAUAAUUCAGUGGGUUUAUCAAUGAACAAAAACUCAAGUGUGGAAGAGUUUAUCUUUUCAACAUUAAAGAAAUCAAUUUGAAAGAGAAAAUAGCCAUAUGUGACUUUGAAUAAAGAGAUGUUUAAUUACAAAAUAAGAAGCAGAUCUCUAAACACUUGCUUACUCCUGGCAAUCUAUGGAAAUGCAAUAAUGCUAAAUCAAUUACAGGUGGACAAAUAGUUAAGUUGAAUAAAUUUGGAGUGUUGGGAUAUGUCUUCUAAGAUUAUUAAAUUGAAUAAGAGAAAAACUUUUUAUGUAGAAUAAUUGGAUUUGAUGAACCUUCAAGAUAAAUCUAUGUCUCUAGUAAAUAAGAGCAUGUUGAUAAUACUACUUUUAUUCCUCCUUAUGAAGUUGGAUAACAAUAUCAAGGAGUUGUAAUUAACCAAUCGCUAUACUCUGGGGCUUAUCUUGUUAAUGCCAUCUUGAAUGACGAUCAAGUAUAAACUAAAAAAAGUAAGAAAGCUUAAAAAGCUCAAUAACCUAAUUUGGGACCAAUUUGUAUGUUAAAUAAAACUUAGAUUCCAGCUGAUUAGGAAAUUAUUGAUCACAUUUAAAGAGUUUGCAUAAUUAAAGAAGUAAAUUAUUUUGAUCAUGUUGGCUUUGUGUCUUUUGAAGUUAAUUCACAACCUAAAUUAAGUGAUUUGAGUGUUGGAGCUAUUGUCAAAGGUGUAGUUAAAUAAGUGUUACUUAAAGAGGAUUCAUACAGUGUGUUAUUGAAAAUAAAUGACAAUUUUAAUGCAAUAUUGCCAUCAAUUCAGAUGUCUGAUUAUCCUUUGACCAACCCACCUAAAUUCAGAGUAGGUAGUAAAUUAAGAGUCAGAAUUCUAUAAAUUGAUGAAUAGCAUAACAAUAUCAUAGUAACAAUGAAACCUACUCUCUUGACUGAUAUCAAAGUCUUUAAGAGUUUAGAUGAUAUAAAUGCAGGUGAUACAUUAUAUGGUUAUACAAUAAAGAAAUUAGAGAAUGGAAUACUUGUUAAGUUCUUUUAAAAUAUUGUAGGAUUUCUUUCUAAUUUGAGUCUUGAUGGAUAAAACCCUGAUGAUAUCAAAGAUGGUCAAAUAAUUAAAGUAUAUGUUAAGUACAUAAAUUAAAGUGAAAAUAAAUUGUUACUUUCUUUAAAAAAAAUAGAUCCAAAAUAAAAAUAAGUUACUGAAGGAUAAACAUCUAAUGUUCCAUUGACAAAGCAAGUUAAAAUUAAAUUAAAUUUGGGAGAAAAAGUAUAAUGUGUUGUAAGUGCAAUAAAGAAUAAUGUUGUUUAUGUGAAUCUCAAGGAUGGGAAGUUUGGUAGAAUUCAUAAGGCCUUCUUUGAGUGUUAUAGGAAUGAGGAUAGAUUAUUUAAAUUGCAAAGUGAAUUUGAAAAUCUGAAUGUGGGUUCUUAAUUAACUGCUUAAAUCAUUGGAGAAAAUAAGGAAGAUAAUAAACAAAUAUUCGACUUGACUUGUUUAUCAGAUCAUAUUCAACUAGAGAAAGAUGUUUAGAAGGAUAGCAAUAAAAUUGUUUACGGCAUCAUCAAACAUAUCAAGAGUGACUCAAAAUCUCCUUUGGUAGUCUAGAUCUAUUACAAUUACAAUGUUUUCAUUGAUGGAUGGGAUAUCAAUGUUGAACAACCUGAUAUUUUGAAUAAUUUAGAAUCUUCAAUCUAGUAAGGAUCUCCAGUUAAAGUAAAAUUAUAUGAAUUUGAUAAAUAAUUGAAAGGUAUUAUAAUAACUGAGGAUGAUCAAUCAUAGUAAUAACAAUAGAAUCUAAAUGAUAUCUUAUACACAAAAUAAAUCUUUAGAAUUUUGAGCCAUCAUGAUUCAUAUAUAAGAGUUCAAUUGAAAAACAGAUAGUUUGCAUCUAUAGAUAUAACAGAAUUAUAAGAAUUAUGGGAAUUGAAUUUGUUUGAAUAGUUUCCAGUCGGAAAAUGGGGAUUGUGCAGAAUAAUCGCAAAAGAUAAGGUGUAUUGGGCUAGUGCCAGGGAAACAUUCCUUAAUGAUAAGUUAUGGAAUAAAUGUCUCCAUCCAGUUAAAAGUAAUACAAUUUCCUAUUAAAAAAUGAUACUUUCACUAAAAUAUGAUGUUAGAACAUAAUUAUACAAAAAGACACCUUUAGCUGUAGGUUAAGUUGCUAUAGGAUAUGUUACAGGAAGUACAUAUAGUGGCACUUUUGUUAAGUUAAAUUAUGAAACCACUUGUCUAAUACGAGGAUUCAAAACUGACAUUAAGUAUAGACCAAUAGUGUUAAUGAUUACUCAAUUAAACAAGUUAUAAGGAACUGUAGAUUUAAAUUUGCUUAAAUAUAAAUUAGAUGAUAAAUAAAUAAGAAUUGGAGAUGUAGUCUAAGGUUUAAUAGUGAAUAUUAGAAAUGAGAAGGCAGCUGUGAAGAUCUUGGGUACUCUCCAAUAAGGAGAAUUGGAUAAGAAAGAUGCUGAGGGAUUGGAAGGUGAAGAUGGUUGGUGGGCAAAUAAAUUAUUUAAGAUCGGAUAGUAAAUAUAAUGUUUGGUGAUUGGAUAAAGACAGAACAAAAAUAAUUAGACAGUUCUUAGAUUAAGCAAUAUUUAAGAAUUGAUUAAUACUGAGGGAAAAAGAUAAAUUGAUUUAGGGGAUAUUCAAACCGAUGUUAUUGAUUUGCAUAAUAGUUUUGAAGAAAUGGUCAAAUAACAUCAAAUUAAAAAUAAUGUGAUAGUAGAAUAACAGAAUUAAAAUAAAGACAUAGAAGAGGAGAUCGGAUAGGAAGUAAAUGAAGGAGAAGCUAAUGAAGAAGAAGAUUAAGAGGAUGCAGAGGAGGAAGAGGAUCAUAAGGACCAAGAGAUAGAAGAAGAAAAUGAUUAAGAAGAAAUUAGAGAGGAAGUUCAGAAUUUAGAAUCAAGAGCUGAAUAUGAGAAGAAAAUAUUAACAAAUCCUAAUUCAGCUGUGAUUUGGAUUGAAUUCGUGGCUUAUGCUGCUGAAAAUGAGGGCAUUGAGAGUGCUAGAAAUGUUAUUGAAAGAGCAUUGAGAGUUAUUAACUUUAGCAAUGAGUUGGAGAGAUUGAAUUUAUGGACAGCUUAUUUAAAUUUGGAAUUCAAUUUUGGAUCUGAGGAUAAUUUAAUUAAUAUAUUUAAGAGAGGUUGUUAAAAUUGUGAUGGAAAGAAGCUUCAUGUAAAGUUGAUCAACAUCUACAGAAAGGCUGAAAAGGUUGAUCUAACUGUUGAAUUGUCAAGAUCUUUUGUCUAAAAGUACAAAUAGAGCUGUAAAAGUUGGAUGGAAUUUUUGUAGAGUUUGAUGGAAUGGUAGAAAGUACAUGAUGAUGAAAAUCCUUUAUAUUCCUUUAAGGAUACAUUAAAUAGGGCUGUGUAGUGUUUGAAAAAAUCAAAGCAAGUUAAACUCUUAUCAUUUUAUGGACGAUUGUAAUUUUAGAACAAUUAGAUUGAAGAAGGAAAAACUACAUAUGAAACUAUUUUGGAUAAAAACUCAUCAAGAACUGAUCUAUGGUCAUAAUAUUUGGAUUUAGUGAUCAAACAUUGCUAACCUGAUGUCGUUAGAUCAAUAUUUUAAAAGGCUAUUCACAAUAACAAGAAGCCAAGAAAGAUCAAAUUUUUAUUUAAGAAACAAUUAGAAUAUGAAAACCAAUAUGGAGAUAGCGCGACAAUAUAGAAAGUAAAGGAGUAGGCAGAACAAUGGGUUUCACAAUUUAUGUAAAGAGAUGUAUAACAGGAAGACGAAGAGGAGUCAGAUUGA